AGCCGUCAAAAACAAAAAAGGAAGGAAAAAACAAACAUUAACCUCCCAAUGCCUAAGUGUCAUAUUCAGUAUUUUGAAAUGGAGUGAAACGCAACUUCUACUCUUCCAGUAUGUCUCAAGCUAAUACUUUAAUUUGUCGACUGUGUGGCAGCCAAAACGGAGUCUUUAUUAAUAUUUUUGAAUCGUCGCCUGCCAAUGAUUGUAUAGAGAAAAUUGAAGCUGUUGUUCCUGACGUUGUUAUUCUUCGUGAUGACAGUUUGUCAAAGUUUAUUUGUCACCGAUGUGUUUCAAAAGUGAAGGAAUUCUAUGAUUUUAAAGCAGCUUGCCUAAGAACUCAAAAAGUGUUAAAAAAUAAAUUACCAUGGCUGUCGUCUGGUCAGAAAACUGCUCCUUUAAGGGCGGUUAGUCCCACUAUCAAAUUUAUUGGAGGGCCACUGGCAUAUCCCUUUGGGCAGAAGGAGCCAGAAGUCGAAGUGCUGACUCUGAGUGAUGAUGAAGAUGUAGAAGGAAAUGCAUCUCUCAAUGUGGACCAGCCAAGUGGCCAUAAACAGCCUCAAGUGGUAAGGUCACUUGAAACUAAUAGUCUUCCUGGACCUGUGCCACUCGAGGACUCCAGGACCCAACCUUCACUUGGUUGGAAUGGGAAUACUCCUCCUGGAAUGGGCACUCAGAACUCCACGGUACAAUCAGCUACUGCCCGAAUGGGAUCUGGAAGGAAAAUCACGCCUUCACGUUCCUUUCGAUCUGUUCUUCAGUUCGACCAACAAGCUGCUGUUAACCAGCCUGGUUAUCAUUAUUAUCCUGAAACUGACUCAGAACCAUGUGCUCUUCCUCCAACCAAACGAACACGUAGACAAUCUCAAUUUAGAUCCCCAAAGAAGGCUGAAAGUGAUAAUUUAAGUGUGACAAACAGGUCAAUUGCUGCUUCUUCCACUUCAUCCCCUGCAGCAACACCCUCUGUUAUAACAAGAGCCUCCUCUGUGGCAACUCCCUCUACUAUAUCAAGAACCUUGUCUGUGGCAACUCCCUCUACUAUAUCAAGAACCUUGUCUGUGGCAACUCCCUCCACUAUAUCAAGAACCUCGUCUUUGGCAACUCCCUCUACUAUAUCAAGAACCUUGUCUGUGGCAACUCCCUCUACUAUAUCCAGAGCCUCGUCUGUGGCAACUCCCUCUACUAUAUCCAGACCCUCUUCUGUGGCAACAUCCUCUACAGUAUCAAGGCCCUCUGAUGUCGGAACACCCACCUAUAUGUCAGAGUCCUCUUCUGUGGCAAGACCUUCCAGUACCUCUGACCAUUAUUUGAGGGAUGUGUCUUUUGUGCCAAUAGCAAACACUGUUUCUACACCUAGACCUUUUGAAAAUGCUUUUGCACCAGAUGGUGAGAAUAAUAAUCUUACGGAGGAUAGACAUUCAAGUUGUACAUUAGUUUCUGGUAACAAAGUUUGUGACAGACCUGUACAGCCUAAACCUAAGCCAAAACCAAAGAGCAAAAAGAAACCAGUUGAAUUAACAGAAGCAGAUGUCAAUAACAUACGUAGUAAAUACCCCACAAUAGAACCUGUUAAAAUAUGUGGAAACACUAUUAUAUUUACAUGCACCCUCUGUAAUAAAAUGUUACUGACUGAAGAAGCUAUAUGCAACCAUGAGUGUUUGAGUUCUCAGGUAACUGAGGCCAAAAACAGUUCUGGCCAAUGUGAUUGUGACUCAAGUUAUGUUGAGCUGAGUUCAGAUGACGAAACAACGAAUGAUACAGAAAGACACAUGUGUACCAUAUGUAGUAGAUUGUUCCACAGUUCCUCAAGGCUACAAAAACAUCUUGAAACACACCCUUGAAAGAAAAGGGAAUGACUUAGGAAUCAAAUUUGCUUAAGAUUUUUUUUGCAAGUUAUGUUAAUCUCAUGGUUUAAAGUUGUAUUAUAAUUAUUUUUGUGGAUUUACAGAUGUGUCAAUGUUUUUCUAAAUUAUUAUUGAGUUUCUUUCAUGAUUUUAUCCUAUUUUUAUAUAAUUUACUUGUGUCACUUUUAAUUUUUAGGAAGUGAUAAUGACGCUACCAAAAAACACAAUCUCAGUGAAUCAUGUCACCUGUUGAAAGAUAUUUCGAAAUGUUAUUUUGUUACUUAUUGUUUUAAUAAUUAUCAUGUAUUAUGUUUUUGGUCUCUUUUUGUCAGAUUGAGUGCUAUUUUGACAGGACUCAUAUGAGUAUAUUCUAGUGCUGGUGUGACAGCUUCCUGUAAAAUUGGCGUUUUCUUUAGGGUGUUGCAAUUGAGUUUUCAAUAAAAAUAUAAUUGUG